AUAGAGACAAAUAAUUAGAGCAUUAGAUAGCUCCACCAAAGGACCAAGAAGUAGGCAGGCCUACAGUAGAAAAAGUUUGCAAUGUUGGGCUUUGCCGUGAACAGCAUGCAAUUUCUUCUUUCUGUGGCCUCUCUAGAUUAUGUUCUUUCUUUGUGAGUCUGAAUACAGGAGUAAAUGUAAUAUUGCAAUUCUUUCUGAGACAUCUCUCUCAGCUUUCUUUAUUAGAACUGCCCCUUUAUAAAUUUUAGCAGUUUAAAAAUAGCUUUUUAUAUUCCAAGAAGUGUAUUGAAACAUAUCUUGCAGUUUACUACUUGAUUUAAUUAGAAUUAUGCUUCAGUAUUGGCAGAAAUCGAUGCUGUAAACUUUCUACAGCUUAGGAAACAGAACUUUAUUCACUUUUUCAUUUAGUUAUUUGUCAAUUAACCUAGCAAAAAUAGCGCACGUCAACCGCAAAUAAAGUUUCCUGCAGUAUUGGACAUAAUAAGACAAUCGUUGCUAUAGUGAUAGCCUUGUUUGUCCUGGAUUCGAAAGACCUGUCGCUGUUUUUAAUUGCACAAUCGGUUGGAAAAUACUUCACGUGUCAUUCCCGCGUGUAAAAUGAAAGAUUCUUGUAAUAUUCAUAGCUGCAAGUUUAGUUGAAUUCUUUGAAUGUAAUCAGUCAUGUGGUUGUAGAUGGGCAGAAUGGCAGUGCAGCAGAUUUGAGUUGGAGGGUAACAGAGUAGCAGCAAGGCAAAGUCGCAAAGUUGCAAAGUAGCAAAGUAGCAGAGUUGCAAAGUCGAAAUUAGCAAAGUUGCAUUGAAGCAAGGUGUGGAAGAUUGGAAUUUACAGCAUUUACAGCUGUUGCGACCACAAGGCAAUUAAUAGUAAACCAAAGUUUGUUUGGAAAACAUUAGCUGCACCGUGCAGCUGCACCUUGAGAGAGAUAUGCUUUUGUUGCACUAUAAGUAUCUGAUCUGUAAAAAAUGAUCAUUUGAAGCAAAGCAUUAGAACUGGAGUACUACAUAUUGGAGAGAGUCUUUGUGACGAUGCAUAAAUGAUGCAUCUUGUGAGCCAUUGUUAUUAAUGAGAUCUUACUUUUGCCUAGCUAUUUUUGAGCUAUUGGCAUUGUACCCAGUCUUCUUGGACUAGUGCACAUGGACUUCAUAAAAACAAAUUGGCAAGGCCUAGUGUGACGAUUAAGAAAGAUCUGGAAAGGCAGAUAGCUCAGGAAAUUGCAUUGGCACAACAAUAAAUUCAAUAAUGAUUUGAUAUCUAAUAAUGGUUACACCAGAGCCCACAAAAUCAACAAACGAUAUGGUAUUUUUGCCAAAAGAAGAUGACAGAAAUUUUGCCUUGCUUGACCAAACAUUUUUUCAGCGUGGUUAUGACAACCAGAUUUCGAAGGUUGAGGAAAAAGAGCUCAAAAAGGCUCGAAGGAGGAUAAAAAACAAGAUUUCUGCACAAGAAAGUCGUCGACGUAAAAAAGAAUACAUUGAUAGUCUAGAAAGCAGGGCUCGUUUAAAAGAUCAGGAAAAUGAUGAACUAAAAAAGAAAAUUGAAUCAUUGGAGGCGAAAAUGAGAUCUUUGGCUGAUGAAAUGUUCUGCAUGAAUCAAAAUGCUGCAGACAAGGCAUACAGGUCUGAGAAUAGAUCACUUGUCAAGCAGACCAAAUUGGUGACAAGAGCGACGCAAACAGGGAUGUGCCUACAGUGCUAUUUUGAAGAAAACAAAACGCCGUCUCCUCAUCCUUCUCUGGCCUCCCAUCAUCGUUUUCCAAACAUGGUCUAUGAAAACGCGGAGCAUAACACACUUAUUCGAGGCACAGAUCGGAGCAACCAACGGCAGUAUGACGCAAGAAUGCCUUUACCCAACACUACAGAGCGUUCUUUUGACUACAUUGCAACACAGUCCGAGAAAGAAGGAUUGAUAACUUCAGACAGUACAACGAGGGACCACUUAAGAAAUGGAUUUCCUGAAAUGCAAAAUGAUCCAGCUGGCAAGAAACAGAGCAAAGAUUCCAUGGUUGUUUAUUCCAGUCAGAAUAUUAUCUUAAUCAAAGAUUCCACAAUUGGCAAGAAAGUGAAAGCCGCCGUAGAGCAUGCUUCUCUUUUUAGAGAUACUCCUAAGGCUGACAGCAAAACAGUAUUCAGCGACAUUGACAAUGAAACACAAAACACUAGAUGUUAUAACAAAUCAUCUGAUUGUUUUAAUCAGACUUCAUUAUCUCGAAAAGGGAGUAUUCAGUCUCCAAACCAACUUAGCCCAUUAUAUAGUUCUCAACAAACUGACAUUAGGGACAUGUCAAGUGAUGAGGUUUUUACAUACCCGCAGCAGGAAGAAGGAGCUCUUACAAUAAAGAAUCUUAGUGAAGAGAUAGGACGAUACAACAUCGAACAGAGAAUAGGCCAUACUUCACUGCAGUCUUUAAUGAAAUCAAGGCAUCAAAAUACAGAAAAUCACGGGAAAGACUUGAAGGGCAUAAGAUCAACGAGUGAAACCAAUAACAGACUUGUUUUCAAUCUUUGGGGUGAUAUAGUCCCCGAAAGAUUUUCAUUAGAAAAAUACGCGAAAAAGAGACAUCAUAGCGACCCUCCUGUUGUUCAACGUAAUUUUAAUGAAUUUUCAGGCAUUUGGAAAAUCAAUGAUAAGCUACCCGGUAAAGUAUCGCGAAUAGCUUCCAAUGCACAAUCUGAAGUUGAAGCCAGCUUUACAGGGGAUAGUGAACGCACCAUGCUUGACGAUGACGAGACAUCUCUGGAAAGAACUGCAUAUCGAUCAAAUGUUAAUGACAAUGCAUUUGGUAUAUCAUGGAUGAAAGAGAAACACAGUGGAGGUUGUAGAGGUGAAGAACAACGUGUGUCAGUAAUUGUAAAUGACAACAAGAUGGAAGUAAAACAAAAAUUGUCAGCUUCUUUUGACGCAGAGAACCCCAGUGAUAAUAAAAAAAGGUUCUUAGAACCGGAGAAAGAGCCACCAGGUGUUCUGGUUAAGCAAGAUGAAAUGCGUGAGACCAGUCAAGCUGAACGAAUAUCAGGUGAAAGUUUUCAAAAGUUUAGCAAGAAAGGAACCUGUAGAAUACAAUCUUCAAGUGCACCAUCGUGCAUGCUCCACUCGCAUUUCAGAGAUACUGAAACCAAUCACCGAGAAAAACACGAAAGAAGCUCAAGUUGUUCAUAUAUAAUUGAGCGAGGACCAUACAAUCGGAAAAAGGAAAGAGAAUCCGGCAAAAGAUUAGAGGGUAAUCAAAGGGAAGGCGAAAUGUCCCUGUGUGAUUUUACUGACAAUGCCCCUCAGAAGGUUAAAGGUGAACCCUUUGCAAGAUGGCCAAUUGCAAGUAGUAUGCCAAGCAUGUGUAUCGAAACUGCUGCAAGGAAUGCAGAAAUUGACAGACGUAAUAAGAACACCACAACCAACCGUGCAGUACCAGCAUUUUUUUACACUGGUAGAAGGCCAAUGGACCAAUUUAUGUAGGAGCUGAAACAAAAGAAGUGCAUAAAGAUGCUGAGAAACAUAUGUAUAUAUAGACAUGAUGUUGAGAGGCAGAAAUAAGCAUAGAAUAUACCAAAAGGAAACGUCUGGAUUCCUAACUUCCGGUGGAUUUUGACCGUCAAACCGCUGAUUCAUCGCUGGAAUUGACAAUUUUCUGUGACAAAAUGGAAAAAAAACUACUCUUGGAAGUAAAAGAAAUGUUGCAUUUGAAAAUCCAAACCAACUUUCUUUGCCAAGAUAGCUUGUAGCUCUUUUUUACUGUCAGGCAACGUUGCCUUCUAAUUAUCCUGCUCUUGUAUUUGGGGGUAAUUUGCUACUGGUAGCAAGUAUGGAUGAUGACAAUGCCGCUGUCCGUAUCAUCAAAUGCACUAUGAGAAUGCAAAGAUCUUGCAUCCAGAAAAAUUAGCAUUGAUGAUCUAGAAUUCAGGUCUCCUAUAAUUGAUGUAAAUGAAAGGGAGUAAAGGACGAAAUUUUUGUAUUGAUUUCUUAAUUGCAUCGUUGACUAAUGCUCUAUGAAGAGCGAUAAUUUCUCUUAAAAAGAGAGUUAGGCGAAUGCCUGGCAAAAGAAAUGUAAUAAUUAAUUAUAUCGAAUUUAAAUGUCUAAAGGCUAAUUUGAUGCUAUUAGUAUGCUCUGAGAAGCUAGUUUUAAGUUUUGGAAAAGAAAAAUAAGAAGCCAAUGAAAGGAAGGAAAACCUAGAUCAAGUAUUAGAAUCGCAAACAUAUUCAACUAAGUUUAGUUUCUGAAAGAAUCAAAAUUUAAUGCUCGUUACAAAUGCAAACUGUAAAUGAAAGCGCCUUUCUUGACCCGUUAUCUUGGAGCCAGUGGGUCACUUUAACAGUUUUACGCGUAGGGUUUAUCGAGAAUUGUCAAAAUUCACUUAAGAUUAUCAAAAGAAUUAAGAAGCCCGUAAGUAUCAACUAACAAGUUUUGCUGAGACCCAAUAUCAAAAGCUAAAUAGUUUUGCUUAGAACAUAAGAAGUUACUGGCCGUAGUGACUUAAGCUGUUAUUUAAUUAUCAUUCAAAACAACAUCAAUUUCAUGACAUCAGACCUUAGAAGAGGGAUGCACAACAGUAAGGAAAUCCAGCUGAUGCAUUUGCUUAAGUAUCUGAUGGAAAAUAUUUACUCUUUUAUGCUUUUUUAAUUUUAUCAUCUGUAAGUAUUAAAACGUUUAUAUUGUUUAGUCGGGUACCAAAAAGUGUUGGAUAAGAAGGAAAAUUUUACCAAGAAUUAUCGGAUUGAACCCAUCCCCGUAUAUGCGGAGUUCAAGUCUCCCCAUGGGAAAUCGGACAAGGCUACCUCUUUAAAGGCUCUUGCGCAACCGGCAUGCUUUGCGGCUAUAUUUUUAAAACCGGCCUAUCGUACUACGUGAAGAUACAAAACACAAUCAAUUUCUCUAAACAGUUGCCGCUGAGCAUGCCGGUUGCGCAAGAGCCUUUAAAGCACAACGUGUUUAUAACUAACUCCAAUUCCAUGUCAGAAGUUGUAGCUUUAAAAUACUUUUGAGUGGCCUACUUCUAGUGCUCCGUCGGUAGACAUAAUUUACUUACGUUUGUAGAGCAAAAAUCUCGCUCCCUAUGACGUUAACUGUAUUAUCUUAAUAUGUAAUUGGAGAGUAGAGCUGAUUAGUUUCCAGCAUAAAGUUUUCAUGACAGACCAUUUGUAGAUCAGUAGAUUUUAACAUAAAUAGCUAUUCUUUUCCGGGAAAGUUUUUGAAAUGAUGGCAAGAAUAUUGCUUAAAUUUUCAAAGAAAUUCAACUGCGUGCUUUGAAAGGAAAAUGGAAUAAUUUCAGGGCUCUCACUGUGGCACUGCUAGACUAAAUAGACAUCUUGAUUGGCUUUGUAUUUACCUGGUCUGGAGAUUCUGCAUUCGCUGGCAAGCAGACUUCGCUCUUUCUUUUAGAGAAACCAUAAGUGAAUAAGUAGUUCUUAGAAGCAAAGCUUGUGUCAAUUUUUUGGGGGUCUCCAGGAUCCCACACUUUUUUCUUUAGCUAGACCACUGGUUUCAGGACGUUUAUAUAUUGACUUAUCAAAAUGCUGCUAUCUACGUCUGAUUAAGCUAGUGAGAAUUCUUUAUCAUAGUUUGUGUUUUGUUGAAGAAAAUUUUGUUUGCAUUGUAUUAUAAUGGCUUCCAUAUACUAAGUAAUUGAUAACUUGCUUUUCAAUGCUUCUUGCAACACCCUGACUCACAUAAACUACCCCAUGUUUCUUGUCGUUUGAGGGAUGAAGUAGCUUUUAGUUCAUCCUAUUGGAAUCGGUGAUAACUUCGAAAUCUGCAGCUCAUCAAAAUAACGCAAAAAAUUAGACGCAAUAUAUAACAAAAGCAUCCUAAGUUUAUAACAUGAAAUUAAAGUAUUGAUUUCACAUGAGAGGACGAAAAGCGUUAUUGAUUGGCUCCGUGUUAUUGUAGCCGCUAACUCCGUAUAUAAUUGAAUAGUCCAAGAACAAAAUUUUCUUGCAUUCUUGUAUAAAUAGCAAACACGCAAAAUCUGCAUGCAAAAUUAUCUUCAAAGGAAAAAGUUUUAAUAAAAUUUUAAUUUUUUUUAGUAUUUUAAGACCGUUAUUGUUUUAAUUUUACCGAUUUUAAAGUAUCUUCAAGAAUAUUCCAUUCAUACACAGUAUCAUAAAAGUAGCUGCGUGCCAGCCAAGUCUUAAGCCCUGUUUAUGUUUUGGUUUAUUGCCAUGGUGUUUCUGAGAGAGUGCUUGGACGGUACCAAUACUAGAAUAACUUAAAGAAGAAACAUGUAAAGGUAGAAAGCAAUUAAGAAGGUAUGAAAUUCAUUAAAUGAAACACCUGUCUGCUUUAAUUGAUAUUAGCCCUUGGAAACCUGAUGCCAUUAUUGGUAGCUCUUGCAUUUAAACAUCACGGUAUAUUUUGAGUCGGGGUUGUGUCCAAUCCUUUUGAGGUAGCAAAUCGUCUUUCAUAAGAAUAUGAUGAUUGAGAUUUUCAAAAGCAAAGGGACACGUCCUCUCUUCCAGUUUUCGGCGGGAUCUAUUUUUGUUUCGUCUGAAUUCAUUCUAUGAGAAAACGUACAUACACCUUGAUGCACAAGAUUUACGUUUCUUGUAAAAUUGUAUCUCGAUGCUUUAUGAGUAUGUUUUUGACAAGUUAUUUUGUUAGAGUCAACUGCAGAAUACUCUCGAGAUGUCUAGAUGUAUAGCUAACAUCAGUGGAAAGGCUUUUUAGAUUUUUUUGUAUCAAAUAGUUUAGAAUCAUUUCAUUUAUUUUUAACAAUUUGUUUGAACUGAUCAAUACGGUGACUUGACACCAGGGCCCGUUUAGCACUUGGUACCGUACUCUAGCGGAACUUACACACGAAUUUGUUUUUUUAGGCAUCUUGAAAAGAAUCUAAGAUUCGUUAGAGGCUUUACGAUUGUUAGCUAGUAUCCUGUCAAUAAAAUGCUUUUUCAUACGGGAAACAUUAUCUUAUACAAAGAUACUUUUUGUGCCAAAUCGGUAUAUUGAAGCAAAUUUUCAGAGCAUGUUGCCCAU